CUAUCUUGGUGGUCUGGAAGUUCGAGGCUGAAGCGACCGCGUGCUAUUUGUUUCGGACAUUGGUAUCUUGUAGUUGUCUCAAUUGACCAUGAUAGAAGAUAGUGGGCGUGCCUCUAUUGUUGGUGACGAAACUGUCAUUCACACACUAGACGACACAGAAUACAAUUACGAUUACUACGAGCCUUCCAAAGACGUUUUGUCCAGCCAUCCUUUCCAUGGAGUCAUUUGGAUGUUACUUUCACUUGGAAUUAUUGGCAACAUAUUGGUAGUGGUGUGGAGACUUACACAGAUAAGAGGUCAGAGAUCGUCUCCUCUCUCAAUCCUCAUCAUCAUGCUUGCAGUUUCAGACUUGGUAUAUUGUGUUCACUUGAUUCUUCUCGAGAGUUUGGUUGUUGAUGCAACCAGCUCAGUUGACGUACGCCAGUAUUCGAUUUCGAUAGACAGGGCUCCUAAUAAGGUGUGCACUGUAAGUUUCUGGCUGUCUUGGUUUUCUGUCUCCACAGCUCAGUGGGCAACUUUCAAUAUUGCAGUUUACUCGUUUCAAGCAAUAACCAAAUGUUGUCCUGGUAGUUGCUGUUCACUACAUCGCAAGAAUAAUCUAGUCGUCACAAUCGUUUGCCAAGUUUUGUUUAUAAUUGCCUGUAUUGGGGUGUCCUAUUUUUUUGACGGCACGUUAAUUUAUACAUUGUAUGACAGACCUCUUGUUUCAGACAGUUCUUAUGACACAUAUUCUAGUAGUUACUCAGGACCUGAACAAAUUGUUGAAAUUUUUGAAUACUGUCUUUGGCCAUAUCCAAACGAAUUUUCGUUUUGCGUCAAUGGAACUGAUUCACAAAGACAUGGCAACCAUCCUACAAUCACGAAUGAAAAUCACUGCAGAAAUCACCACAUUAAUGAUCAUGAUAACUUUUCUUUUGUGAGAGAAUUCACGGUGUGUCUAAAUACUAUUCUUAUAUUGUCAUGUGCUGUUCUUCUUCUUUUGGUGUGCCUAAAGCGACCUAAAGCAGUUUCUCAAGCAAACAUAACACAAAGUGACAUGCAAUGGCGUUUGAAUGGAAUUGUUUUCUUACACACUCUCUGUUGUAUUCCUGUGACUGUAAUGCAGUGGAUGGAAUUUGCUGACUCUAGGAUUUCUUGGGCGAACAAUUUGAAUGCGGCGAGUGUUUUGCUCAUCUCAAUCAGUCCAGCAGUUAAUCCUCUCAUAUACACUCUAACAGGAAAAAACUGUUUACAUUUAAUAUGCAAGUGUUGGAGAUGCGGCAUAUCUGUGAGACAAACCAGUUCCAACUACCGUGACGAUCACAGUAGAGGAGUUGAAUGUUGCAGCUGUACUCCAGGUGUCAGAUGUGUUCACCAAGAUGAUGAUUAUUGCAAUACUGAAGAAACUUGCGCUGGGAAUUCUGAUCAGAGCAGACUCCUGCCGACUCCCAAUGAUUCAAGUGAAACUAUCUAGCAAAUAUUUGCCGUCGGAUAGAGCAACCGUUACAACAGCUAGACUAACUGUAUGCAUGUCAUUGCGUGUAGUCGUAUUUUGCAAGCUUUGCUGAUUAGAUUGACAAUGUGUCCAUGCUCUGUGAGAAUGUUUGAACACAAGCAUGACUUUUAAUUAUCGGUAUUCAUAUGGUAUGUACAAUAUGUUAGCACAC